GAGCGCUUUCUCCGCUUGAUUUUGGCCAUGGGAGGGGCAAUCAAGCCCCGCGUCGACAGAUAUGUUAGAUGCGAUUCGUUUAACACCAACACUAGUGUGUCCACUUCCACUGUCGGUGACCAUUGGCCAAUGGUCCGUCGCCAGCUGCCACAGUCGGUCGCAUUUUCUUAGUCCGCACGUCGUCUUUGUUCCUACUUUCCCACACCUAACAAGUAUUGUAAUUGUGUUUUGUUUACACGCUUGACAAGCAAACGAAGUCCAAAGUAAGUUGAAUACUUUUGUAAAACUUACAUUAAUUUUUGUAAUGAUUGUGUUUCACCGAAGUAACGAUAUUUUGUGGGCUGUAGGAAUGCACCUUACUUUGCUCAAUCAUGUUCUGGUGAUUGGCUUUUUAUUUAUCACCUGCUCGAAUGGUCGGGCGCAAGUUGCAUUGACCGUCAUGGACUUGACUUUCGGAUAUCAGAGUUGUUUAACAUCGGAAGGCCAUCCGGGCGUUUGUCGAUUACCUAAGUUAUGUGCGCAAUCAAGCGAUAAUCAUCACCUACCAGUACCGCACAGGUACAGGGAAGAAGGCGGUCGUUAUAAUUGCGGUUCCGCGGAUGAUUGGCAUCAAAGAAAGAUAUGCUGCAAACAUUCGGACGUACCUCCUGUCCUGUUCCCUGAUAGUAUUGACGCAAACAUUCUUGACAGCCAAAUCCAAAAUGAGACAGUGGUAAUGUCCAGGAUCUCUGGUGAAAACAAGUCUGCUAUUAGUCGCCAAUUAUGGCCGCCGGAAUCGACUAGUAUUCUCCAGCCUCGUUUACCUCGCAAAUGCGGCACAGUGCCUUUUGCUACUACGCGGGCUCGCAUAGCCGGUGGCGUAGUAGCACCCAAGGGUGCUUGGCCGUGGUUGGCGCGCCUUGGUUACUACGACGGCAAUGGGAUAGAGUACAAUUGCGGUGGGGUCCUAAUAACCAAACAGCACGUGUUGACUGCGGCUCAUUGCGUGUACAAUCGUCGAGACUUAAUAUUUGUACGGCUGGGUGAACAUGGAACAAGUGAAUAUGGUCCACAGGAUUACUACAUCGAGCGUGUUACCGUUCACGAACGCUUCGUCAAGAGUGGACGGGGACCGAGCUACGACAUUGCGAUAAUUCGUUUAUCAGAUUUUAUUCCAUUUACGAGUGAUAUCCAACCGAUUUGCUUACCAAUCGAUCGUCGUUGGCGUUCGUUGGACUCCUCUGAUAUUUUCCCCUACGUAGCCGGAUGGGGAUCCCCUUCUUACUCUUGGAAUGUCGUAGAUGAACGGGCAUCUAGCGUAUUGAUGGAAGUCCAGCUUCCCGUUGUUCCACAGUCAAAAUGCGCCCAAGCUUAUCGAUCGCACGGCCACUUGCGAAUAGAUGAAACCGUUCUGUGCGCUGGAUAUGAAGAAGGGGGUAAAGACGCUUGUCGGGGAGAUUCGGGUGGCCCGUUGAUGUUUCAAGCUGGAGAAAGGUAUUAUGUAAUAGGUCUUGUCUCCUUCGGUGUACGUUGCGCUACACCUGGAUUCCCAGGAGUUUAUUCUCGCGUUUCUGUAGCCAUCGAUUGGAUAUUAAAAAAUAUCUCUUGAUGUGAUAAAUUCUUGUGUUUUUAGUUAAUUUGAUGCGGUACCCGGAUAAAAGUGUUCAAGUCAAUAAAAAAAAUGAAUUUUA